CCGGCCCGGCCCGUUGAACAGGUCUAGUUGAAAGGCGAAAAGCCAAAGUCGAAAGCAGCAAAGCAACCAUGAAGAAGGCAAUCACAAGCAGCGGUUCUUGGUGGCGUCUCCUCACAUCCCAACCCCGAGCAUCUUGUCACCCUCUUCCUAUGACCAAUUUAAUCUGCGAAAAAUAUGCUAGUUUGACCAGAGUGCUUCAGAUGCAUUCAGAAGGAACCUCCAAAAGGAGACUAUUUACAGAAAGUGCUGCAGAUAGUAGCUCUGAGUCUAGUUGCUGCAGUUCUGAAGUGCCGUCUGGCUUAAAGGCUGAUGCUCAAAAUACAGUGAACAAAGAUAUGAUGAGCAAAUUGAAAACAUCCCCACGACAUGAUCUUGCCAUGGUUUUUACAUGUAAAGUUUGUGAGACAAGACAAAUGAAGUCGUGCUGUCGUGAAUCAUAUGAGAAGGGUGUAGUUGUUGUGCGUUGUGAUGGAUGUGAUAAUCUUCAUCUCAUUGCAGAUCGACUUGGAUGGUUUGGAGAGCCAGGGAGCAUUGAGGACCUUCUUGCUGCCCGUGAGGAAUUGGUGAAAAAGGGUCCUAUUAAUUCCUUAAAUCUGACUCUUGAAGAUUUAGCUGGGAAGAAGUUUUGAAAUGUGUGUAUUAUUAGUUUAAUUAUCAUACAUUUGCCUUACUGAUUUAUUUCAAUUAUAGCCAGUACAAAGGCUAGGUAUUUGGUGGUUUUGAUGGUUGGACCGGCUUUAUCCUUUAUGUGCUCUCUUACUUAGAAUUGUAGUAAUGUAUUUAUGUUAAUGACUUGCUUGGCCAGUGGCACGUAUGAGAACUAAAUAUCAUCCCAUCUAUCUUCAGUUUUUAAAUGAA